GAAUGAGAUAGCUUCUCUUUUCUUCUCUGAGGUUCAGCCUCUGUUAUUUCUCCGUUUCUCUCUGCCUUCUCUAUCUAAUGUGUAAGAGAAUUACAGAUAGACACACUUUCUUCUGUUUUCCUGGAAAAUUUCAAAUUCUUUCCCGAGAAAAAUCAUGACAGGAAAGCUCUGAGAGAUUUUUUUUUUUUUUUUCCUUAGGGUUUCUCUCUGUAAUUCUUUCCGGGUAUCUGCUAUUUUUAUUGGGUUUCGUUUUAUCUCUACUGGGUUUGCUGGGUUUUGGCCUCUAUGACUUCAGUUCAGAAACAAGAGGUUGAAGAAGAAGACGAUACGAGAGCCGUUGAUCUCAGAAUUAACGGUGGAGAAAACGCGGAGUCAAUUGAUCACAAGAAAGACGACAACAGAGCUCCAUCUUCAGACCCACCUUCGGCGGCGCAACCACAAGAACAACCAGUGGCGGCGGUUCCGGCGAUUUCGUUGAAGGCAGAGCCUGAUGCAGAGGAGAGGUCUCCGGCGGCACCGCCAGCUAUGGGGGUGGUGCCGGUGGCCAUGCCGAUGCCGGUGCAAGUGCGGAGGCCGGCGCCUCCGGUGAAGAGGGCGUCGACGAAGGACCGGCACACGAAGGUAGAGGGACGCGGGCGGAGGAUCCGAAUGCCCGCGACAUGCGCGGCCCGAAUCUUCCAACUGACGCGAGAGCUCGGCCACAAAUCAGACGGCGAAACCAUUCGGUGGCUCCUAGAACACGCCGAGCCGGCAAUAAUCGCCGCCACCGGCACCGGCACAGUUCCAGCGAUCGCCAUGUCCGUCGGCGGGACCCUCAAGAUCCCCACCACCUCAACCGCCACCACCCAAGAACCCGACCCCAACAAAAAGAAACGUAAACGACCUGCCAACAGUGAGUUCGUCGACGUUAACGAUGCCGUUUCAGUCUCCUCCGGCCUUGCCCCAAUCGCCACCCCGUUAGCUCCCCAAGGGCUCGUACCCAUGUGGGCCAUACCAUCAAACGCCGUCGGCGCAUUCUGGAUGGUACCGCCUACCACCGCCAUUGCCGGGCCUUCGAACCAGCCUCAGAUAUGGACGUUUCCUCCAACUGCGACGCCUCUCAUCAACAUCUCCGCGAGACCCAUUUCUUCUUUCGUCUCAUCCAUGCAUCCUACAAUCAACGUAGCCUCUGCAACAGCUUCAGCAGCUUCCACAGUCGGUGUCAAAGCUUCAAAAGCCUCAUCAACCAUGGCUCCAAGCUCAACCUCUACUGCCACCACGACUACUACUACUACAAGCACCACAACUACUCAGAUGCUAAGAGACUUCUCUCUGGAGAUUUACGAUAAACAAGAGCUUCAGUUCAUGUCUCGCUCCUCAAAGCAUUGAAAACGGAUAAAAAGUGUUUUCAUUUGUUUCCGAAAACACGAGAGAACAGAGGGGUCCGUUUUCUCCGUUUUGAGUUUACGGGUAGUGCAAAGGAAAAUCAUGUCUUCCAAAGCAUGGAAAGCAGAAAAAAACAAAAGUGUUUUCUCCGUUUUGGUUUUUGGGAUUCACGUGCUCACGUGAGGAGAGUUUAAAUGCGCGCACGUGUAAGGUGGGCCCGGAGUAGCCGGAGAAGUUGGUUGAGAGGAAAGGGGCAUUUAGUGGGGCCCCACAAAGUGGUGGGUCAACACUCAACAGAGAGCCAGCGAGGUGCUCCGUGGGCCGUGCGGAGUAGUUUUUGUACGGUGGCCCACCUCAUCAGUCUGUCAUGUGAUGGAUUGGUGCGGGCCCCGACGCACUUGUGGGCCCUCCCAGACCGUUUUGCUCUGCUCCCGAGGCUGCCGCGUGGUGGUCCCUACGCUUCUCGGUGGUCCGAUCGAGACCAGUGCCAAAAGCUCAGGCUGUCGUACUAUACAGGUGUCGACCUUUCAGCUCUUACCUGGCGGGGCUCCUCCCUCGCGGACACGUGGGCUCUUUUUUGUUGGCCUAAUCACAACCGUCAGAUUUUUUUUUUUUUUUUUUUCUCUCUUGAUUUUUUAUUUCUGAUACAAAGCAUGCAUGUUGAAUGAUGUUUAAUUUCUAAGUCAAUGACAAUUUCUCACCCUCAAAUUUCGAUUUAUCGGGAGAUUUUCAAAGGAUAUAAAAGUAUUUGAAUGGAUUGGAAA